AUGGCAGGUCACAAGAAGAAGCUCCACCUCGCGGCGUUUAUCAACUCAGGGGCGGCAUCACAAGCAUGGCGGCAUCCUGACAUCAGUGCUCACGAGAGACUUGAUGUGAAUUACUAUAUCGAAUAUGCACAACGGGCAGAGAAGGCCAAGAUUGACCUCCUGUUUCUUGCGGAUGGUGCCUCUUUCGUUGUUAGAGACGUGGCUAAGCACUACUCGAGUGUCAGCUCGUUCGAGCCGGCCACGCUCUUCUCAGCCGUCGCCGCACGUACAGAAAACAUUGGUUUAGUAUAUACGGCUAGUGUCAGUGACAACGAGCCCACUCACGUUGCGCGCCAGCUAGCAUCAUUAGACCAUAUCAGUCAUGGUAGAGCAGGCUGGAAUAUUGUCACAACCCCAGGACCAGGCUCAGUCAAUCUAGGCGUACCGAAAGACGAGGUGAAUGACAGUGUCGCGAAGUAUAGACGAGCACGAGCAUUCUGUGAUGUUGUGAAAGCGCUAUGGGAUAGCUUCGAGGACGAUGCUCUACUCCGCGACAGAGAAAGCGGUAUCUACGUUGAUCUGGAGAAGAUUCAUAGCCCGCAAAUUGAAAAUGAAUUCUAUACGGCAAAUCAGCCAUUACAUAUUGAGCGACCUCCUCAAGGGCAUCCUAUGCUCGCACAGGGCGGUACAUCACCCGACGGCAUGUCUUUCGGCGGGUCGACCGCAGACCUUAUCUACUGCGCCAACUAUUCGAUCGAAGAAGGCCAGAAGACCUAUCGCACGCUGAAGGGCCACGCCGUAGCCGCUGGAAGGAAGCCUCAACAUCUCCUAGUUUUUACAGGCGUAGCAGUGGUCUGGGGCCCAACACAGGAAGAGGCCGAGCGUAAGCUGAGAGGAAUCUCCUCGCUCUGGCCUAUUGAGGUAGCAGUGGACAACCUGAACAUCGAUUUUGGCGAUUUAGAUCUUGAUGAUCCUUUUCCGGAUAUCAACACUCUGACGGGGCCUAUCAAGUCGCGAGGAAGAGCAGCUGCUAUCGCAGCCUUUGCGAGAUCUAACAACCUUACUAUCAGACAAAUGGCCGAGCGCGCCUCCGUCGGCCUCGGACAUCGUCCUUUGGUGGGCACGACUCAGCAUAUUGUUGACGACAUGCAGGCCUGGCUGGAAGCAGAGGCUACUGACGGCUUUGCUGUUAUCCAACCCGCAUUGAUAAACGGCCUACGUGAUUUUACCGAGCAUGUUGUGCCUGAGCUUGUGCGCCGAGGCUUGUUUAGACGGGAGUACGAAGGACGAACACUGAGAGACAACCUUGGCAUCGCAAGGCCAAAUAAUAUUUACACCGAUCGGCGCAGAACAGGGUCGACGGAGUAG